AUGGAGCAGCAGCACAAUGACCACAGUGCCAUGGGCGUCGCUACUCCCUCCUGCUCAUCCUCCACCACAUCAUCUUUGGACUCGUUUCCAUUCGACUCGAGCUUGAGUAGCGGCGAGAUGCUUGACGCGGAAAGGAGUCCUCGGCCCAAGAAGCGAGCACUCUCGGCAGCACCGUCGUACAUCGGCGUGCGCGCGCGGCCGUGGGGACGGUUCGCGGCGGAGAUCCGAGACUCCACGCGUGGCGGCGCACGGGUGUGGCUGGGCACGUUUCAAACUGCCGAGGCCGCCGCGAUGGCCUACGACCAGGCGGCCCUGUCCUCGAGGGGCGCGGCCACGGCGCUCAACUUUCCCCUGGAGCGUGUCCAGGACUCGCUCUGCGCGCUCGGCGCCACCGCCACUGGCUCGUGCAUGGGAGGUUCGCCCGUCCUGGCGCUCAAAUGGCGCCACUCCUGUAGACGGAGGCGCAACAAAGCCGAGAUAUUGAACGAUGCGGCGACAGCCAGGGUGAAAAAGAAGAAACGGUUCAUCGUGGAGCUGGUGGACCUGGGUGCCGAGUACCUGGACGAGCUUCUCAGAAUUACCUGUAAUACAGCUUACUAG